CACAGCAGAGCUUUACUGGUAAUAAUGGGGACAAAGCCCGGCGUAUGUACCGUGUGUUCAUGUCCGCAUUUUCCUUCUAUAGAUAAUACGGAUAUUCUUCCCCUCUUUGUUCCUGUCAUCCAUACAUUGCUGAUAGCUGCAGCUGUGCUUCCCCAUACGUCCUCCGGAUCCCCCUCCGACCUGUAUUGUUCUGUGGAGAAUAUGAGAACAAUUGUGUUUAGCGGCUGAGGUGUGCAUCAUGAUAUUCUGCAGUAGCUGAGGUAAGAGCUGUGAGAUAAAGGAGCCGGCCUCUAUAGAUCUGCCAGUCAGUUCACAGCAAGCUGAGGUACAACAAGCCUGAUCUCCCUUGUCACUAUGGACUCUGCACACUAUACACUGAAGGCCGCAGUGGCCCACAUGUGUCACUGCCCAGGAGGCCGCAACAGACCCAACUCAAUGCAUCCUGGUCAAGGAGGGAGCAACUCUGCUCUGUGGAGGCCCUGGGUGUUCUCGUCUAUGGACAGUACAUCAGACACACAGCAGAAGCUGGGUAGAAUGACCGAUAGUGAUAAUGACAAUGCCGGAAAGAAGGGAGCACUGGGAUUUCAGCACCCUGUGAGGCUUUACAUGCCCAAAUCAAAAACUGAAGAAUACCUACAACACAUGGGGAAAAAAGUUCUGGCCAGUUUCCCGGUGCAGGCCACCAUACACUUCUACAAUGACGAUUCUGACUCCGAAGAGGAAGAUGACUAUGGGAUGGACUACUAUAACUAUUAUCAGAAUUACAAGGGAAGAGAGGACCAAAGCAUGGCAGAAGAGGACUCGGCAUAUUCCUCGGGAACCGAUCAGAGCGCCAAAUAGUGGGACUGUAGCCAAAAGCAGUCACUUAUAGACUAAAGGUGGAGCAAUUUCGCCAUAAAGACCCAAUGGGCUUUUGUUUUUGCCAAGGAAUGCCUUAGCCGCCAUGAGUAGGUGGCAUCCCUUCUGUUUUAGGAAGGUUCUUGUGGCUUUAGCGAAGACAUCCCCCAAGGAACUGGUCCGUCUAUCGAGUCUGCACUGAUGUAUCAUGGUUACUAAGAGGGACCUCACUUACAGGGUUGUGGAGGCUUGGAACAUCUCAUGGGAUCAAGGAACAAAGACUACCAAGACUGGUUGUUGCAGAUCAGUCCACUUUUGAGAACCCUGAAGAGGAAAAGCCUUGUGGUUGUGGUCAGUUGGGUGGUCAGACAAAAAUCCCAUCCAAAAAUCAUCUGCCUUGGUACCCUUCCAAAAGUUGGUUCCGAGACCACCCAAAGCAAUGACAUAUUGGCUAGUCGAUUUCCUGCAACAAUAGCCAUUGUUAUAGGAGACCCUCCUCAUUGCACUCCUAUUAUUUUAUUGUAAAUAGUCUGUAUAUGUUGUAAUAAUUUUUUUUAUUCUAAUUUUUUUUAAAGAAAUGAUAACU